AUGGGAUGCCUAAGAGACUCAUGUAAGUCUGCUGACAUCAUCGCACUGCAAGAGACUUGGCUACUGCAACACGACAUUCCGCUGCUGGGAGCAAUUGACACGGAGUUCGCGUAUACAGGUAACACAGCUGUGGACCUGUCGGCGGGGAUUCUACGUGGUCGGCCCUAUGGUGGAGUGGCGCUUCUAUGGCUGUACAUGCCUACGGACGAACGUGACAAUUUAGCCGAGUUUGUAUCGGGC